AUGAUUAGAGGAUUAUCAAGAAGAUCGACUAAUUUUAAGCUAGGACGAGUUGGUAUUCCAAGUCACCUGGUGGUAAGAUAUAAAUCCACUUCUAAGGACCAUGAGAAGUUGAAAUUAGACUCUUCUACUUAUGAAUUUAUUAAGGAUGAUGAUUUUGGCUCGUCUGUUUCAUCAGAUGCAUCUUCUUUACCAUUUGAAAUGAGGAGACAUGGCGAACUUUUUGGACAGUUGGUGAGGAGUGAAAGCUUGAAAAAGGACAAUAAUUUGAAUGAAAUUGAUGAAGAUUAUGUGAAAAGGCAAAACCCCGAAUAUGAAGAACAAAUGUACGAUUCGCCAUUUCGUAAUGAAGAUGGGUCAUUUAUUAAAGGUGAUACUGCAGAAGAAGCUAGACUACACGAUUUGACGUUGGUGGGAAGAAGUGAUAGGAGGGUUACGAUAUUACCGUAUGAGAUUGCAAAUUGUAUCAACAACAACAUCUUAAGGUUGGUAUACCCAGAUCGACUUAGAGAAAAGGCAGCAAAGAUAUAUCAAAGCUUGAAUAAAGACCAGAUUCAAAAUGCACCAGAAACGGCUUUAGAUUGUGAUGCACAUAUUGCAGCUUUAUUUUUGCAAGAUUAUUCACACGUCCACCAAGUGUUGCUAGAAUUGCAGAAACGGGUCGGAAAGGAUAAGUUCAACCCAAAGAGUGUUCUUGAUAUUGGAUAUGGGCCAGCUACAGGUAUGGUUGCAUUGAAUGAAAUAAUGGGCAAUGAUUAUAUUCCUGAUGAGAAAGAUGCGUACAUUGUUGGUAGAAAUAAUUUUGAGAUGAAAAAACGAGCUAAGAUCAUCUUGUCACGUCAAAUUAAUGAAAACCUUACAGAAGAAGAAGAAGUCGAGGAAGAAGUAACUAACGAUAUAAGUGAAGAACAGAAUGUGAAAGAAGAUGGGGAACUGCGAAAAGAAGUAGAAUCAGAAACACAAGAAAUGGAAGAAAACGAAGGAGAAUUGGAAGAAGAGGAAUACAUUGGACCUGUUCUCACAUCAGAUAUUAAGCUUAAGACCAAACUAAGAGAUUCAUUACCAGUAACUAAAAAAUAUGACUUAAUUAUUGUAAACCAAGCUUUAUUAACCAGAGAAUUCAAUUUUCCAAGAGAUAUAGACAUUAAUAUUCAUAUGAUCUUGAAAUUGUUGAGUCCCGGAGGGCAUUUAGUGCUAGUCGAAAGAGGUAAUGCAUUGGGAUUCGAAACAAUUGCAAGGGCUAGGCAGAUUAUGAUUAGACCUGAAUCUUAUGAAACCGAAAUUGGCAAAAUUCCAAGACCAUAUAUCAAAGGAUCAAAAUUAAAACCACAAAAAUUAAAAAAGGAUGAUCAGCUUAUAUCUGAGGAUGAUAUAAAAUUUGAAGAGGAAUUACUUGCGAAGUAUGAAAGAGAAGAUGAAGCGUUUGAGCAAGAAUUGAAUGAUAGAUAUGGUAAACCUAGUGAAAAAGAUUUAAAAUUCGAGAUGGAGGAUAGCGAGGAUUUUGAAGUUAUUCCUGUAGAAGAAGAACCAAAAUUAGGCACUGAAAGUGUUGAUUUCCAUUUAAGCAUAAUAGCCCCCUGUCCUCAUCAUGGAAAGUGCCCGUUGCAAUUAGGCGAUCCAAAGUAUUAUAAAAUUCCAUCUCACAAACACAGAUUAAAUUUCUGCUCUUUCAAUAAGACAGUUGAAAGACCAAAGUAUACCAUGGAAUUAAAAAAGGGGCGUAGGUUAUCAACUGCAUGGGAUAAAUCUUCCGAAGAUGGAUUUGGUAUUGAUAAACUUUCAAAGAAGACCUUACAGAACUUAGAAGGUUCAGGUAGACCAUCAGGCAGAAACACUGAAUCGGGGUCGUUUUCCUAUUUAAUUGCUGAAAGAGCUCUAAAUGAUGUUGAAACAAUUAAAAAAAUUGAAAGCGACCGUGAAUAUAAUACUUCAAAUAAAUUAGAUUUAUUUGAUCCUACAAACUGGCCCAGGGUUAUUGAUAAUCCUACCAAAAUCAAGAAUAAUGUGAAAUUGAAUGUAUGUGCACCAUCAGCGAAUAUUGAGACUUGGCAGGUACCUAAGAGUUUGGGAAAACAAAUCUACCAUGAUGCUAGAAAAGCAGAUAGAGGUGACUUAUGGGCGUUAGGGAAGAAAAGUGUUAUCGUGAAAAAUCAGAUUUCUGAUAAGGCGAGAGAAAAGCUAGAAUUUCUCUCUAAAGCUCACAAGAAAACUUUCUUGAAGGAGCAAAGAAAGAAGAAGUUCAAGAAGAUUGUUAGCUCUUCUGAAAAUGCAUUCGAAGACGACAUCGUCACUUUUGCUGACUCCCUAGCAACUUCGUUGGAAUCUUCUAAGAAAUAUAAAACCAAAGGGAAAAAGGCGGGCUUUACUGUCAAUCCAACAGAUUAUGAUGGCAAAUAG